AUGCCCCGCUACAGCCCCAAAGUUCCUGAUGCGCAAAGCAUCGUCAACAAGUUCAAUCAGGUUCGGUGCCACCAACGCCUCAAUCUCAAGUUCGAUGAGCUCGAGAAGCUUUACUUCUGUGAAAGCAACAUCGGCUUCCCUGCUCCUGCGACGGAUGUACUUGAAGCCGAGAAAAAUCGAAGAGGAGAACUCCCCCCUAUGCAUGUAGCUUUGGGGCUUACCAAGCGAUACGCCAAUAUGAAACCAAAUGAGAUUCUCGAUAGUCUCCAAAUGCAUGAGCAUCGGCGCUACACUGCGCGAUUCUACCAACAGCAAGACCUUGUUUGGGCUCACAAUAAUGCCGGUCAGCCAGGCUUUCAAGGACAACACACGAUCCAGCCACAAGACUUCAACUUUAGUGGCCCCCAUAACCCGUCUGAGCAGCUGUCCGCGGUUCAAGUCGCGCAGCCAAUGGGCAGCAUGAUGAUCCAGGAGCCAGCUAUUCAAGAGCAGCCUACGUUUCAACCACAAGUAUUCAACUACAAUGAUUUCCAGAUCCCUUCUGACCAGCUGCCCGUGGCUCAAGUCACGCAGCCAAUGGGCGGCUUAAUGAUCCAGGAGUCAGGGAUUCAAGUACAGUCUAUGUUCCAGCCACAAGAACACAACUACAAUGGCUUCCAGAACCAUUCCGAACAGCUGCCCGCAGCUCAAUCCGCGCAGCCAAUGGGUGGCAUGAUGUUCCAGGAGCCCAUCGAAUCUCAACAAAUGGCUGCUGACAACGACGCUAUGAUCGAUGUGAUCGAUCCUUUUCUCUUGGGCCUUGAGACUCCAUGGGUUCCGAUCCAAGAUCCCGCUGCGCUCGCUGCUAACGAUGCCAUCACCACGGGCAUUGGAACUUCAAGGGCUCCGAUUCAACGUCCCGCUGCGCUCCCUGCUGGCAACGAUCGCAAUGACGUCCUUGCUGCCGUGGCGCCGGGUCCUGUAGAUGUCCCUGCUCUUAUUCGCGAUAUUUCUGCAAAUUCUCAGCCAACUCCGCCCGAGCAUGUGGAAGAGGGAUCCUUGACCAUUGAGGACACUUCUCUCCCAGUUCCGACGGAAGCCGAGACUGAGGAGUGGACAAGGACCUUCUUGCGCUCGCGGGAGAAUGGCUUUGCACCUGUGGACGACUCGAAGGAGAAUGAUUUUGCACUUGUGGACGACUUCGAAUUUUAG